UUGUUUACAAACCAAAACCCCUAAAUCAAAUUUCAAAACCCUAAAUCAAAUCAAUAUCCCUCGCUCCGUUUCUGAGUCGGAGAGAAAAGUGACAAUGGCGUCAUUUCCUCAUCCCGGUUCCGUCACCGUCUGCGAGAUCAACAGAGACUUGAUUACGGCUCAGAGCUUCUCCGAUGAUCGAGCUCAGGAGACUUACGGAAAGAUUCUCGGAAUGGUGUUUAGCCCUGUUUCGUUCGAGGCUGGACCUGCGUCUCUUGAGGAAAGCGAAGGUCAAGAGAGUGGUGAUAAGGGAGUUGUUGAGCGAAAAGGACUGGUGGCUACACUGCAAGGGAUGGUUGCAGACUCUCUUAAACAGAUUCUACGCCCCAUCGAUGUAAGUCUUUUGUCAGAGAUUGAUCUUCAGGGAGUGAGUUGGCAUCAAGGGAAGCAUAUUAUUGCCUUUAUAUCUGGUGCUAAUCAAGUAUCAAUUCGUGACUACGAGGACAAAGAUGAGAAAGAGCCUUGCUUACUGACAAGUGAUUCUCAGAGAAGUGUUAAAGCCCUUGAGUGGAGGCCUAAUGGUGGAAAAUCCAUCUCCGUAGCCUGUCGGGGAGGGAUAUGCAUAUGGACUGCUUCCUAUCCAGGUAACAUGGCUUUGGUUAGAAGUGGUGGUUCUUCAUUGAGGGGAAGUCUCUCUCGAGGAUCUGGAGCUCGCUGGAUCUUGGUGGAUUUUCUCCGGUGUCAAAAUGAUGAGCAGAUCAGUGCUCUCUCGUGGAGCCCCUGUGGACGAUAUUUGGCAUCAGCUUCAUAUGACAGCUCAUCUUUCACCAUAUGGGAUGUUUCUCAAGGGGCAGGGACACCUAUUCGAAGGGGACUAGGUGGCAUCUCAAUGCUGAAGUGGUCACCCACAGGGGACUACUUCUUUGCAUCAAGAUUUGAUGGGACAUUUUGCCUUUGGGAAACAAACACAUGGACAUCAGAGCCAUGGUCUUUGUCUACAGGAUCUGGAUCUGUCACGGGAGCAUUAUGGGAUCCGGAAGGACGUUUCAUCUUGAUUUCGUUUUCAAAAUCUUUAACACUGGGCUCUGUUCAUUUCUCAUCCAAGCCACCAUCCUUGGAUGCCCAUCUGUUACCAGUUGAGUUACCAGAGUUAGCUUCUAUGACUGGCAGCGAUGGAAUCAAGAAAAUAGCGUGGGAUGCAUCUGGGGAGAGAUUGGUUGUGUCAUACAAAGGAGGUGAUGAAAAUUACAAAGGAUUGAUUGCUAUAUACGACACUCGAAGGACACCUAUUGUAUCAGCAUCACUUGUUGGUUUCAUCAGAGGCCCUGGAGAAAACCCUGAAGCUCUCUCCCUUUCAUUCCAUGACAAGUUCAAGCAAGGUCCUCUCCUCUCCGUGUGUUGGAGCACUGGAUUCUGCUGCACCUAUCCUCUUAUCUUCCGCUGAGAUGUUCUUCCUUGAUAACAAAAUGGUUCAGUGCAAGCUCCAAACUUUUUGCCUCCAUCUAUAAACUACCAUCUCUUUGUAAUGGUUCUAUCUAUAGACUGUUCACUCUUUGUAAUGAAUCCUUUUAAAUAACUCACCUUGAGAUUAAUCCAAAACAAUGGUUCCAGAAA